AGGACGGAGUGCUGGAGGAAGAUAGAUAUCAAAUGUACAAAAUUGAUCUCCGCAUCCUAAGCUGCACUCACACAGUCACUCACCACAUCCAAUAAGUGGAUUUUCCUUACAACAAUCUUCAGUGCUAUAAAUUACAUUUUAUUAAAGAAAUUAAGUGAUAAUUGAAUUUUAAACUUGCAACAAAAUUGCGGAUGCUGGCGACAAUUUAAUGCUACAAUCUUCAGCAUCAAGUGGACAUUCAAUGUCGAUGCUUAUCGCACAUUCUUAAAGUCUCGUGUGCUUAGAGACACAAUCUUAUUUUGAAGACGGGCUGCGUUGCAGAGGAAAUGGAAAAUAUCUUCGGGAUGUAAUUUGAGGAAUCACCAAAACAACCAAAAAGCUAAAGUAAACCAUAAUCCACAAGCACGCUGGAGGAGAGCUUUUAAAGUUCUAUACAUAAAACAUUAAGGUGGAAUUUUCGCAAAGUGAAUUGAAGUGAGAAAAAAAAAAUCAUUGUGAAGAGAAAAAAAGAGAGAAAAAUCUUCCUAUUGUGACUGUGAUAAGUCUUCACACAAAAGAAAGCGUGGAAAAGUAGUAACUCAAAUAAAUGAAAUCUUAAUGCUUUAAAAGUCAGUAAAUGUUCUAUCGUUCUUCUGCUUCGCGUUGCGGAGAAAAUUAGGAAUUAAAAGUCUACCAGAGCACGAAAUUAACUUAUCAUCGGUGGCAGAAGGGGUAAUAUUAAUCAUCAACAGGAAAUUAGAAUCACGAACAGUGCCAUCUGUCGGCACGUCUCACUCCAUAAGGAUAACAAUGUGUAGCGGUGUUAAGGACAUCCAGAAGCUUCAUCAGUAUUUUCCAAAGCAAAGGCAACAAUGCAAAAUUAGAUAAGAAAUAUAUAAGAUAUAUAUCUUUAAUGUGAAUAUUGAGAGGCACAACCUUCGCUCAAAAUAUUAUACAGCAGGGAAUUAGGAAAUAAGAUUGUGCUGAGAGCAGAGGCGGGAAAUUCAAUCAGUGUGCGCCAGAGGAAGUGAGCAAGAACAAGUGAAGUCGAGAUGACGAGCCCACCCUUCAACGGCACGCAAGCGGCGGGCCAUGGGCGGCUUCUGGCUGAGAACGCCACCAGGACGAACACAUCAAACGUCAUAGACGCCGUCCUGACGUCCGAGGCGGCCGCGGCCGCGAACCCGCGCGAGGCCAACCGCACCUGGGUCCUGUUCUAUGAGACAUCCGGCAACGGGAAGUACCACAAGUACGAGCAGAGCUUCGACACGGGCACGAACUUCAUGCUGCUGCUGGAGGAGUUCGGCGAGUACUUCUACAACUACAAUGGCACCGAUGAGGAUCUCGCGGGCGCCAACAACUUCACCGGGACCGACUUUGACUUUCCACUCAACUGUUCAUUGCUCAACACCACGUGCGCCAUCACCACGCCAGUUGAAUACAACUACUGGGCCCUCCUUCUCAUCCUCUUCCCGUUUUUUACGCUUUUUGGAAAUGUCCUCGUCAUCAUGUCGGUGUGCCGCGAGAGGACGCUGCAAACUGUGACCAACUACUUUAUCGUAUCUCUAGCAAUAGCGGACUUGCUUGUAGCUGUCGUUGUGAUGCCAUUUGGUGUAUACAUAUUGGUGAAUGGAACAUGGUCUCUGCCCAAUUUUGUGUGUGAUUUUUAUAUAGCAAUGGACGUAAUUUGCUCAACGUCAUCCAUCUUCAAUCUUGUCGCAAUAUCCAUUGACAGAUACAUCGCCGUGACGCAACCGAUCAAGUACGCGAAACAUCGCAAUAACGGCCGCGUGAGCCUGACCAUCUUGCUAGUCUGGGCCAUUUCAGCGGCCAUUGGGUCCCCAAUCGUGCUGGGCCUCAACAACACGCCCGAGCGCGUGCCAGACUUGUGCGUGUUCUACAACAGCGACUUCAUCGUGUACUCAUCGCUGAGUAGCUUCUACAUUCCGUGCAUCAUCAUGGUGUUCCUGUACUGGAACAUCUUCAAGGCACUGCGAUGUCGAGCGCGAAAGCAGCGCGCGGCCCGAAAGCAGAACAUAUCAGACCUGGAGACGGGCGGCAGUGUGAUUGAGAACAUCGCGGAGACGCGGAAGUUUGCCGAGACGAUGCUCAGCAAGAACGGAUCUAAUCCCAUCGCAGACGAGGAGAGACUCACGAAUACAGCGUCAGGAUCGGGAGAAGCGGAAGAUGACAUCAUUGGAUCACCGGACGUUGAUGAUUGUCAUGUCAUUGUCAAUGAUAAAUCCACGGAAUUCAUCCUGGCCACAGUGGUUGAGGAGGCUGGAAACGUCAUGGCACAGAUCUCCUCGCCCACGGCCAACGAGGGCAAUGGGAAGCACGAGGGGCGCUACUCGCCCAAGGCGGCGCCCCAUCCCACGGAUGAAAUCAUGGUGGCUCCGCCAUGCACCUCCGAACUCGCCAUCGGCAGCAUUCUCAUCAAUCGCAAUGUGACGUCAGGAAACGAUCUCAAGGGAGGCAGCAAGUCGUCAAAGUCCGAGCAGCUGAAUGUGACCGUUAAACCCAUGCCCUUCGACAAGAGAGGCUUCCAAGAGGCAAUAACACUUGCACGGCACAGUUCCACCCUAUCGACCAUCUCAUCCGGCGGCUCCAGGAAGGAGAACAAAAACUCACAAGCAUCUAGGUUCACAAUAUACAAGGUCCACAAAGCUUCCAAGAAGAAACGUGAGAAAUCGUCCGCCAAGAAGGAGAGAAAAGCCACGAAAACACUGGCUAUAGUUUUAGGUGUUUUCCUUAUUUGCUGGGUACCAUUUUUCACAUGCAACAUCAUGGAUGCCAUCUGUACAAAGCUGGACCUGAGCUGCUCACCCGGAGUCACAGCUUUUAUCCUCACAACAUGGUUGGGAUAUAUGAAUAGUUUUGUUAACCCAGUGAUUUACACUGUUUUUAAUCCCGAAUUUAGAAAAGCAUUUAAGAAAAUUAUACAUAUUGGGAAUUAACCUCUGUAAAACUAUCUUAGAACUAUUAAAAAAAAAAUCAAGUAAUAAAAUGACAAACAAAAUUAUCUGGAAUUAUGAUGAAGGUAAGAUAGCGAUAAAAAUUGACAAGUGGCAGAAAAAAAAUGAGACAUUCAAUAAAAGAAACAUAUGA